AUGCUUCUGAGACUCCGAGGGCCCGACGGCAUGAGCCGUCUAACUAUCGACAAGGACGAGACAUUUGGUGAGCUUGGGCGUCAGCUGCUUCCGAGCCUUCCCAAGACUGUCGACCCAAACACCAUUACCCUUUCGAAUGCUCCGACCGGUGGCGAUGCUAAGAAACUCGUCGAGAUUUCUUCCUUUAAGGUUGGGCAAAUCGGUUUGAAGCACGGCGACCUCAUCUUCAUCAACUACCAACACCAGGACAGCCUCUCGAACGGCGCCACAAAUGGCGCUCCGCAAGCCGACCAUCCACUUUCGUCCUCGAACCGUCUGAACGGCAAGCCUAUCCUUCCUACCGAAGAUCUUCCCAUCGAUCCUCUCCCAGUGACAUCGCCGUCCGAAAAGAUCAAGAAUCCCUGGGAGGUCGUAAAGCAGCACCCGCUCGACGACCGGUUAGACAAGAAGGAUGGCAAGAUCCCUAGAAAGCGGGAUAAGAUGUGCCGUCACGGCGAGAAGGGCAUGUGCGACUACUGCAUGCCUAUGGACCCAUUUAACGCCAAGUAUUUGGAGGAGAAGAAGAUCAAGUACCUGUCGUUCCAUUCGCACCUACGCAAGAUCAACUCUGCUACCAACAAGCCUGAGCUUGGAAGCUCGUUUAUUCCGCCUCUCGUGGAGCCCUACUUCAGAGUCAAGCGAGACUGCCCCUCCGGUCAUCCCCAGUGGCCCGAAGGCAUCUGCACCAAGUGUCAGCCCAGCGCCAUUACGCUUCAACCUCAGCCUUUCCGCAUGGUCGAUCACGUUGAGUUCUCGUCACCCGAUAUCAUCAACACCUUUAUCGAUGCUUGGAGAAAAACGGGAGGUCAGCGACUGGGCUACAUGUACGGACGCUACGCAGAGUACGAAGUUGUGCCUCUUGGUAUCAAGGCUGUUGUGGAGGCCAUUUACGAGCCACCUCAAGUCGACGAGGUCGACGGAAUUUCUUUGAAUGACUGGGAAAACCAAAAAGAUAUCGACGAGGUCGCGAGAAUGUGUGGUCUGCAGAAGAUUGGUGUGAUUUGGACUGAUCUGCUGGAUGCCGGCGCCGGCGAUGGAUCAGUCGUGUGCAAGCGACACGCUGAUUCCUAUUUCUUGUCUUCCCAAGAAAUCUGCUUCAUCUCACGUUUACAGGCUCAACAUCCAAAGCCCACCAAGUGGAGUGACAGUGGAAAAUUCGGCUCCAACUUCGUCUCAUGCAUUAUUUCAGGCAACGAGUCUGGAGAAAUCUCCAUUUCGUCGUAUCAGUCGUCCAACGAUGCCGUUGAAAUGGUACGCGCCGAUAUCAUUGAGCCUUCGGCUGACCCCAACGUCAUGCUUGUUCGUGAAGAGGAGGAGGACGACGGAUCCGUCAGCCGUACAAGAUACAUCCCCGAGGUUUUCUACCGCAGAAUCAACGAGUACGGAGCCAACGUCCAGGAGAACGCCAAGCCGUCUUUCCCGGUUGAGUAUCUCUUCGUGACACUGACCCACGGCUUCCCGGACGACGCCAAACCCACGUUCACGCAGUCGGGUUUCCCGAUCGAGAACCGCGAAUACAUGGGCGAGAGCCAAGAACACUCCGCGGUCGCGAGGAUCCUCAAGUUCACAGGAGGCCAGAAGCCAGCAGAGGGUGGACUCGAGAUGUCCAACUUCCACCUGCUUUGCUUCAUCCACCAAAUGUCCAUUCUCUCAAAGGACGAGGAGUCACUUCUUUGCCGAGUUGCAACUCAGCACGAUCUGGCUGACACAUAUCAACUGCGAUCUACCGAGGGCUGGCAAACUUUGCAGGUUAUCCUGCAAUCGACCGGUGAGCGAAUCCCCAAGCGCCCACGGCAGUCCGAGGGCCUUCCCACUUCUAAUUCCAUGCAUGCUGCUGCUUCUCCGGGACAACCUGGCACCACGGAAGAACCACUGGCUAAACGAUUUGCUGCCUUCAGGCUGAACGAGCGCCGACCUCUAGGUUGA